AUGGACAGCUCUUUUGGUUCCUUUUGCCAUUUGUGCAGUGAAUGUUGGGUGUCUGCAGCGCUACCUUCAGAUUCCCGCCUUCUCCUGAAAAACGCCGUGUUUGCUUUUCAGUUCAAAGAAGAGAUCUCCAGGCGGUUCAAAGCCAAACAGGAUCAGCUGGUUCUGAUCUUCGCUGGGAAGAUCCUGAAGGAUGGAGACACUCUGAAUCAACACGGGAUCAAAGAUGGGCUGACCGUGCAUUUGGUCAUUAAGACUCCACAGAAGGUCCAAGAUCCAACAUCUGCUGCUUCUGCCCCCGGUGCUGCUUCUGCCCCCACCACAACGUCCCCUUCUCCUGCUGCCCCGUCUCAGCCUUCCACAUCCAGCAGUGCCGCUCCGGACGCGGGGAGCGGCGGCCGGCGGAGCAGUGGGUCGGGGACUCUGGGAGGUCCUGGAGAUGGAGGCCCCAACAGUGCCACGUCAAUCCUUUCUGGCUUCGGUGGCAUCACUGGGCUGGGCAACCUGGGCAUGGGCUCUGCCAACUUCAUGGAGCUCCAGCAGCAGAUGCAGCGACAGCUGAUGUCCAACCCCGAGAUGCUCUCUCAGAUCAUGGAGAACCCCUUGGUGCAAAACAUGAUGUCGAACCCCGAUCUCAUGCGGCAGAUGAUCAUGGCCAACCCCCAGAUGCAGCAGCUGAUGGAGCGAAAUCCGGAGAUCAGCCACAUGCUGAACAACCCGGAGCUGAUGAGGCAGACAAUGGAGCUGGCUCGUAACCCCGCCAUGAUGCAGGAGAUGAUGAGGAACCAGGACCGUGCUUUGAGCAACCUCGAGAGCAUUCCAGGAGGGUACAACGCCCUGCGCCGCAUGUACACGGACAUCCAGGAGCCCAUGUUCAGCGCCGCCAGGGAGCAGUUUGGCAACAACCCCUUCUCUUCCUUGACGGGGAAUUCCGAGAGCUCCAGCUCUCAGCCUUUGCGGACAGAAAACAGAGAGCCGUUGCCGAACCCCUGGAGCCCCAGCCCCCCUGCUUCACAGAGCCAGGCGCCCAGCAGCGAAGGGAGCGCUGGCUCAGGAAGCACCCAGAGCACGCCGACCGUGUCCAACCCCUUUGGACUCAAUGCUGCUAGCUUUGGGGCAGGCAUGUUUAACAGCCCGGAGAUGCAAGGUCUCCUGCAGCAGAUUUCAGAGAAUCCUCAGCUGAUGCAGAACAUGAUCUCUGCCCCUUACAUGCGGAGCAUGAUGCAGACCCUCGCCCAGAACCCAGACUUUGCAGCACAGAUCAUGGUGAACGUUCCUCUCUUUGCUGGAAAUCCGCAGCUUCAAGAGCAGCUCCGCCUUCAGCUCCCAGUCUUCCUGCAGCAGAUGCAGAACCCAGACUCCCUGUCCAUCCUCACCAACCCCCGCGCCAUGCAGGCGCUCCUCCAGAUCCAGCAGGGACUCCAGACGCUGCAAACGGAGGCCCCAGGACUCGUGCCAAGCCUCGGCUCCUUUGGCAUGCCUCGAAUGCCCCCGUCCUCCACAGGAGGAAGCACAAUCCCGGAGAACCCCGUUCCCUCCGCUUCGACGCCGGCCAGUGCCUCUCCAGCCGGGGGUGGUAACCCCCAACAGCAGCUCAUGCAGCAGAUGAUCCAGCUGCUGGCCGGAGGAAGCUCUCAAGCGCAGAGUCCUGAAGUGCGAUUCCAACAGCAGCUGGAGCAGCUGAAUGCCAUGGGCUUCAUUAACCGUGAGGCCAACCUCCAGGCUCUCAUCGCCACGGGCGGGGACAUCAACGCAGCUAUUGAGAGACUGCUGGGCUCCCAGCCUUCCUAA